AUGUCGUCGUCAAAGCUCAGGAUAUUGGUGCCAGUCAAGCGGGUCAUUGACUAUGCUGUCAAACCCCGCGUCAAGGCCAACAAGACCGGCGUCGAAACGUCAGGCGUCAAACACUCUAUGAAUCCUUUCGACGAGCUCUCGGUCGAGGAGGCUGUCAGCCUACGUGACAAACGCAAGUUACCGGUUGAAGAUAUUGUCGCCGUCAGCGCUGGCCCGGCCAAAGCUGUCGAGACUCUGCGGACCGCCAUGGCUAUGGGCGCCGACCGGUCUAUCCACGUUGAAGUGGCCGAAGACAAGCCUCUGGAGCCGUUAGGCGUGGCAAAGAUGCUCAAGGCCAUUGCGGAGCAGGAGAAGAGCAACCUGAUCUUUCUAGGCAAGCAGGCUAUCGAUGACGACAGUGGCCAGACAGGCCAGAUGCUUGCCGGACUACUGAAUUGGCCCCAGGCGACGCAAGCGAGCGAGGUUACUAUCUCGGGAGAAGACGUCACGGUAGAGCGAGAGGUUGACGGCGGUACCGAGACCCUCAAGGCGAAGCUGCCGAUGAUCAUCACAACUGAUUUACGACUGAAUGAGCCUCGCUAUGCGAGCUUGCCAAAUAUCAUGAAGGCCAAGAAGAAGAAGGUGGACAAGAAGACGUUGCAAGACCUUGGUAUCGAUUCCGAACCUAGACUGAAGACUGUCAAGGUGGAAGAGCCUCCAGCACGGCAGGGAGGUGGGAAGGUUGAGGAUGUGGAUGGCAUGAUCAGCAAGCUGAAGGAGUUGGGUGCUCUGUGA